GUGACCAAACAGUACAUACCACUUGCAUCUCUCAAAGCAAACAACUAAAACUAAACCAAAAUGUACAAGGUAAUAUUAUUGGUCACCAUCGCCAUGGCAACCGCCAAACCGAGCGUUGUCGCUGCCGCAGUAGUGGCUCCCGCGCCUCUCGUGGCCGCGCCCGCCCCAGUGGUGACGGCCUCCAGCUCGCAGUACAUCGCACGAAACUACAACGGUCUGGUCGCUGCACCGCUGGUGGCUGCGCCGGCGCCGUACCUUGCCCCGGCUGCGCGCUUUGUAGCCCCUGCUGCGCCCCUCGUCUCAGCAGCUGCUCCGCUGUACGCGCGCUAUGCCACACCCUAUGUUGCUGCCCCAUACGCGGCUGCCCCUUAUGUAGCCGCGCCUGCCCCUAUUGUAGCUUAUUAAGAACGACCAAACCAAACCAUUUUGUACAUACCAA